AUGGCGCAAUUACCUCCAAAGAUCCCAAACAUGUCCCCAAGUUGGCCAGACUUCUCUUCUCCUCAUCAGAAGAUGCCAUUGCCACCUCUUAACAACGGAACCACCAACAACAACACAGGCCAUUAUCAUCAUCAGCAUCAUCAAAGUCAAAACCCUUCCUGGGUGGAUGAGUUCCUCGACUUCUCCUCCGCCCGACGCGGCGCUCACCGGCGGUCGGUGAGCGAUUCCAUCACCUACUUGGACUCACCAAGGUCUGGAGAGAACAACAACAAUAACGAUCAUCAUAACAAUAGCAAUGAGAAUGAGUUUGACAAGUUUGAUGAUGAACAAUUCAUGUCCAUGUUCACGGAUGAAGUAGUGCUGUCUGGGGUCCCCAUGCCACCACAAACCACCUUGUCCUCCUCUAACCCUUCAAGCCCUUCGGAUCAGAACUUCUUCCAUGAUGAGAAAGAGAGCCGCCAGAAGGAGAUGAAGCUGCAAGAGGAGGACGAGGAGCACCGCCAUCAAUUGAAAAACGAAGCAGAUGAGGUCGAAAGCCAAUGCAUACAGGAAAUUUCGCAGCCUCCUAAUGACACCAACACUUCUUCUUCCAACGAGAGAAUUACUGACCCCAAGAGAGUCAAAAGAAUCUUGGCUAAUAGACAAUCUGCACAAAGAUCGCGAGUGAGGAAGCUGCAAUACAUAUCAGAGCUUGAGCGAAGUGUAACUUCAUUACAGGCUGAGGUUUCAGUGCUGUCUCCAAGGGUUGCAUUUUUGGAUCAUCAACGUUUGCUUCUUAAUGUGGACAAUAGUGCCCUCAAACAAAGAAUCGCUGCCCUUGCUCAAGACAAGAUAUUUAAAGAUGCUCAUCAAGAGGCACUGAAGAGGGAGAUAGAGAGGCUGAGGCAAGUUUAUCACCAACAGAGCCUCAAGAAGAUGGAAAAUGCCGCAGGGUCACCACCAUUACCAUCUCCAUCACCAAAUCCUAUACGUGAUGCUCAAACAGAAAAGGAAGUACAACUUAUCAACGUUUGA